AGGAACCAUGACUUGUAAUUAGCGUCGUUCUUCAUCUCCGUCUUCUCUCUCUAUUUGUCUCUCUCCCACCCCCUUCGAAUCUCGCAAAAAAAUCAAUCUUUCUUCAUCUUCCGGAAAGAGAAAGCAAGGAUCUGCCAUGGAUGAGUAUACGCGAGAAAUGAUGGACCUUAAGACCCUCGUUACGCGAACCCUAGAGAAGAAGGGCGUUCUCGCCAAGAUCCGAGCUGAGUUGAGAGCAAGUGUUUUUGAGGCAAUUGAGGAAGAAGAUAGGGCAAUAGAGAAAGAUGAUGGCUUACCCGCUGCACUAUUGGGAAGCUGCAAUGAUCGUGCAAAGCGACUUCAUGCUACCGCACCAGGAAGCUUGCUAACUGCUUUGGUUUGUGAAUAUUUAGACUGGGCACAACUUAACCAUACAUUAAAGGUUUACUUGCCAGAGUGUAAUUUGCAAAAAGAUUCCUGGAAAUCCGAGUUGAAAGACUUUAGCAGCAAGAAUGGUUAUGAUCUUAACAAGACUGGUGAUAGUCCUUUGCUUUUGGACGUCCUCGAAGGAUUUUUGAAGUAUGAGGAUUCACAGAACUUAUCCCAAUCAAGAGGAGCUGGGAGGAGACUAGCUAUUAACGAAAAUGAACCAGCAUCUAAUUUAGAAUCAAGAAACACUAGAAGACCAACGUCAUCAUCAGUUGUUGGUGGUUUGCCUCCUCUUGGAAGGUCCAUCCCUGCUUCCCAUGCAUCUGAUAGGAGAGCAGGUUCGUCUACAUCAGGUUACAGGAAAGACGAGUAUAAUUGGCGAUACGAGAAUGACGAGUCGCCAGAUGAUGUAAUUCGUGCAUCGGCUGAUAUGGAGAACCUUCAAUUGGGUAGAAAAGCCAAGAAUUUAACAUCUUCUUGGAGGUAUGGAGGGGAUGGAAUCGCAGACGAUGAUGGGAGGGGUGGCUGAUCGAUUGAUCGCCAAUGGCAAAAACAAUACCCUAAACCUGCUUAAUUGGUUUUGUAGGUUUGUUUGUAUUUUAUUUCUAGCUAUUGUAGUGUCGUUAUAUGUAGGAAACAUUGCGGUUGUGUUGCAAUUUGUGUUAGUAAUUUGCUUGGCUUCUUCUUUAUGAUUUAAGGAGUUCUGAAAUUGGAAUUUAUUGUCUAAAGGGUGUCUCUUGUGUGGUUUGAAUAUUUAAAUUGAUGUCUCAAGAUGAUGAAUAUUGUUUUUUUU